AUGUCCAUUGCAUUGGAACAGGACAUUCUUGAACAGGAUUUCAGAAUCUUAAAAUCUAUAGGUUCUGGUACAUAUGGGGAGGUGAAGCUUGCCUGCCACCUUCCUACACAUACAGAAGUUGCUGUCAAGGUCCUUAAGAAAAAGGACAAAUCUCUGGCUCACACCCACUCAGAAGUAGAGAUCCUUCAAUCUUUGGAACACAGAAAUAUCGUUCGAUUUUUUCAUGUCAUUUACACACUGAAAAAGACUUAUGUGGUCAUGGAGUAUGUUGCAGGAAAGGAUUUGGAGAUAUUCCUCAGGGAUGUAGACCAUCUACAGGAGGAGGAAGCUAGACCAAUAUUCCAACAGGUCGCGUCAGCAGUGCACUAUCUCCACCAGAGACGAAUCGCACAUCGGGAUAUUAAAUUGGAGAAUAUCCUCAUUGACAAUGCUGGAAACAUCAAGCUUUGUGACUUUGGAUUGGCAGCUCAGCUAGCAGAAGGGCAGAUGUUGGAGGAUGUCUGUGGCACCUUGCUCUAUUUGCCUCCAGAGGUUUUGGCAGGAAAACCCUACGAUGGACUGGCAGUCGACAUGUGGGGCAUGGGAAUUCUCCUUUAUGUACUGGUCACAGGAUGUUUUCCAUAUGAAGAAACCAGAGAUGAUGCUUUGUACAGGCUCAUCACCAACACACAGUUAGCCAUUCCCCAGCACCUGUCAAAACCAUGUCAGGUCAUCCUUGCACAAUUACUCUGCGUCCCCACCAGCCAUAGGAUAACAAUCAGUGAGGUCCGGGAAAGAGAAUGGCUGAGGAGCAUUGAAGAGCAUGUGGAACCUCUAAGUAAAGGACUCCUUCCCAGGAUCAUGGACACUAUGAAUGCUAUUGGCUAUACCUGUGAAGAGAUUAUGUCAUCCCUAACACACGGGCAGCCACAUAAUAAAGUGGCAGCAGCUUUCAAUAUUCUGAAACAUAAACUGAGCCGUGAGGACAGUCAUCAUGGAAAAGAGAAGCCCUCUUUAACCAGCAGCCCUGUUUGUGCCCUUCCCCCACUUCUCCCGUUGAAGAGGAAAGCCAGUGAGGCAGCCUUUCUGACAAUCACAGAAACUGGGGACAGUCCCGUUCAGAAGGAAGGUGUGCCAGGAAAACGAAAGAGAUGCUGA